AGGGCGCGUCGCGCUUGCGCAAGACGAGGGGCUGGAGGGAGGCGGAGGCGCUCGGGUCCAACUGCUGAAGCGUCUCCAUGUGACAGUGAGUGGGGUCCUAACUCUUGGCGCCGCCUGACUCUGGUUCUUAACCCAAAGCACUGUCCACUGUCCCGACGCCAGCAGAUCCCAGCAGGCUAGGGCGCUUGGUGUUUGGUCGUGCCGCCGGAGGAAUUGUCGCCGCCGGGUCAGGUGCCUGAGAGACCCCGCGGAGACCCCAGAGUCUCCGGAGAGAGGCGGAGCGGCGAGGCGAGCGGGGAUUUCUGUCAGCGCCGGCGUCCCAGAGCGCGGAGACAUGAACGGCUUCACGCCCGAGGAGAUGAGCCGCGGCGGGGACGCGGCAGCCGCUGUGGCCGCCGUGGUCGCUGCCGCCGCCGCCGCCGCCGCUUCGGCAGGGAACGGGGCAGGGGCCGGCGCCGGGGCUGAGGUGCCGGGUGCCGGGGCCGUCUCGGCGGCUGGGCCCCCGGGAGCGGCAGGGCCCGGGCCCGGACAGCUGUGCUGUCUGCGGGAGGAAGGUGAGCGGUGCGGCCGUGCGGCAGGCAACGCCAGCUUCAGCAAGAGGAUCCAGAAGAGCAUCUCCCAGAAGAAGGUGAAGAUCGAGCUGGAUAAGAGCGCAAGGCAUCUUUACAUUUGUGAUUAUCAUAAAAACUUAAUUCAGAGUGUUCGAAACAGAAGAAAGAGGAAAGGGAGUGAUGAUGAUGGAGGAGAUUCACCUGUUCAAGAUAUUGAUACUCCAGAGGUUGAUUUAUAUCAAUUACAAGUAAAUACACUUCGGAGAUACAAAAGACACUUCAAACUGUCAACCAGACCAGGACUUAAUAAAGCACAACUUGUUGAGAAUUUGGCCUUAUUGAUGUCUGCUUUAUUUGAGGUGUCUAUGCUUUCGUCACAUCUAGAAGAUGCAAAGACUCUUGUCCAACAUUUUACGUAGUUUUUGCUUUGUUAUAGAACUAACUUCUAGUCCUUUGGUAAAUUUUGAAAUGUGUGUGUUCUCAGGAAUUAAUAGAACCAAGAAAUCUGUGAAUCCAAUUAAGGUGUCUAUAGAUUUAUAUAUUUAUACUUUAAUCAUUUUACAUAAAAAUCCUUAGUCUACUAGACAGAAUAGAAAUGUAAACAUAUAAAUCAGUUUUAUCAUAUUUUUUAGCUUAGGGGUUUAGUAAGGCAACGUUUUCUAAAACAUGCACAUUGAAUAAGGUAAAAGAUACAGAAAGUAUAAUUCUUUGGCACAAUGCUUUUUAACAUUGUUGAGAUCUAAUAUAUUGACUUUUUAGCCAGAAUUUCCUCUUUCCAUCUUGCCACAAAAAUUCAGUUUUUCUUUAAAUUUGAUACAACAGAAACACAGAUAUUAUCUAUUGUGAUGAAACUGUAUCCAUAUAUACUGAUACUGAUCAAGUGGAAGUUACUUUUGUUUUAAGACAAAUGAGAACCAGAGAACUAAUUAUUUUAUAUGUUAUAUUUAAUGUGUGGUUGACCCUUGAAUGACUCAGGGGUUGGGGGCACAGUUAGAAAUCUCCAUAUAACUUUUGGUUGUCCAAAAACUUAGCUACUAAUAGCCUACUGUUGACUGGAACCCUUCCUGAAAACAUAAACUGUCCAAUUAUCAUAUUCUGUAUGUCUUAUGUAUUAUAUAUAUUCUUAUUGUGUUAGAAUAAAGUAAGCUAAAGAAAAGAAAAUGUUAUUAAAAUCAUGUGGAAGAGAAAAUAUAUUUAUAAUAUGGUACUGUAUUUAUUGGGGGAAAAAAAGCAUGUAAAUGGACCCUUGCAGCUCAAACCUGUGUUAUACAAGGGUCAGCUGUAUUUUUUUUUUAAUGUCUAAGUCACAACUCAAAUAUUUGCUAAUCUGAUCUUUAAAAAGUUAUAUUAUUUCCAGAGCUAUUUUCUUCUUUAGAAAUGAGAAACAAUCCAAACAGCCAUGAGUGUUAUAGUUUACUUAGUCAGAAAUGCAGAUAAGUGGUAAGUGAUCCCAGAGUCAGAUGACUGUCCUCCUUAAAUCUUAUCAUAUGAAUAACUUUUUCAUUAAGAAGUUUUAUUUUCUACAAUCUAGAUAAGCAUAUCAACACCCUAGUUUAAUCUAUUGUACUUCUAUUGGUAGUUGCAGUGCACAUGUUAGAUUAGCAUAAUGAAAAGGCCAGAGGGCAGAUAAAUAUUCUUCAGUGAAAGUUACUCUUUCCCCUCUCAUUUUCCAUCAAUAAUACUUAUUCAGAAAAACUUUCAAGGAACUUUAAAGAGUACUGCCAGUACCAAAACUUUUUCAACUAUAUAUUUAUCCUUUUUCUGUGAGUAGGAUCUACAUUCUGUUUAUUUCAUUGGUACCUAAAGUUUAAAAAUAUUUACUUACUAAUGUAGAUUCUAAUUAUAAAAUUUAAAUACAUCCUAAAUUAAUAUAUCUUUAAUUGAGUGGGUUGGAGGGUCCUUUGAAAUCACACUAUCUCUUGCUCAUAACAUCUUAUUCUGAUGUGCUUUUCAUCUUGCUGGUAUUUUGUUAAACAGUUUAUUUUUAAAAAGAGAUAACACUUAUCACAUAGCACAUUUUCUUUUAAUUAAAGUGUUGUGUUUUUUUUUUUACCUAGUAUGAAAUCUGUUAAUAUCUAUA